UCCAAAAAUAAAAUAAAAUACAAACUAGCUCUCUCGCUAAGAAGUGAACCAACUACCAUUCUCAUGGAAGACGAAGACUUGCAGAAUGAUUGGUGGGGGAUCAGCUUCUCAUGGAGUUGGUCUUCACUCCCAAGUUCUCUAAAAAGAUUGAAGUCCACAAGCAAUCGAUUAUACUCUCUAUCUGUUUGUAGAAAUGGCAGAAUCAAAUAUUGGUCCUUCUGCUGCUGCUGCUUCUGCUUCUUCUUCUACCACUAUCAUUAACAUUAAUGGGCCUUCCUCUUAUUCAUCGAUGUCAACUUCUUCUCUGGUUCGCGAAGAAGAGAACAAUCAACAUGAAAAUGAACAAAAUCAACACCACCAGCGACCGCAGCAGUCAUCCAGCAUGUCUUAUCGUGUUAACAUAUCAAUAGGCAACGGGGCUCAUAGCCAGACGAGGGAUGAUGUUUGGUCUUGUACUGUUGUGCUAGUCACUUUCUGGUUACUUGCAGCAUCAAUGACGUUGAUUCUUGUUUUCUAUGGAUCUGUGGACUUGCAAUUGGGUCCCAACUGCUCACGCCUUAUACAAACUAACUCUUUCUUUGUACAGUCUAUUAAGGUGCAGCAGAUAAAUGAGCCGAAACCGGGGCCAGUGCUACAUGGAUUCUAUGAACCUCCUCCCUUGGACACUGAAAUUACAUGGAGUGAAACGCACAGUGCAUUCAUACCAGUCAAUUUUCACAAGGAGUGGGUAUACUUCCUCAAUAAAGGGUCCAAAUUGGAUAUUUCAUACAAUGUGAAGUCUCCUACUUCUUUACCUCUGUCCCUUGUAAUUGCCCAAGGCAGACAAAGCAUUGCUGAAUGGAUAGAAGAUCCAUCAUCUCCUAAUUCAACCUUGUCUUGGAAUAUUAUUUAUGGGACUGGUACAAUCGAACAGGAAAUUCCAAUACCUUCCAGUUACUAUAUUUCUUUGGGAAAUUUGAACUCUGAGGAAGUGGAGGUGCUAUUGAAGUUCACAAUGAAAGCUGUUUUGUACGACACAUCCAAGGCAUAUUGGAGUUGCUCCUUGGGCAACCAUCUAUGCAGUCUAAAGCUAAUGAUGAUGGGGACAAGUGUUGCUGUCCUAACUUCCCCAGGUCCUAAGGAGGGUACAAACUCUGAGAACUGGUAUGUCAAGCUGUCUUUUGGGCCAAGAUGGAUCAUAUAUUUUAUAGGAUCAGGUAUGAUGACCACACUCAUUUUACUGUCCUUCAGAUUUUAUAUUAUGUAUCAAGCAACAAAUGGAAAUCGAGGAGAACUUCAAGCCGGAGAGAUGGGAAAUGAACGGGCCCCAUUGCUUUCACAAAAAGAUGACGAUACUUCAAGCUGGGGUUCUUCUUAUGAUUCCAUCUCUCAUGGUGAGGAAGAUUUGGAUGAGUGGACUGCAGGAAAUUCACUUGAUGGAAAGACAUUGACAGAAGGAGAAAAUUACAACAAUAUUAAUAAUCCUCAGCGCCUUUGUGUCGUUUGCUUCAGUGCCCCAAGAGAUUGCUUCUUUCUUCCAUGUGGGCAUUGUGCUGCCUGUUUUAGUUGUGGAACAAGAAUAGCAGAAGAGGCUGGUGCUUGCCCCGUAUGUCGGAGGAGCAUGAAGAAAGUGCGCAAAAUAUUUAUAGUUUGAGCGAUAAUCUUAUGGUGCUCUCAGCAACCAGUAGUGUUUGUAAUUCUUCAUGGUGUACUUGCCCCAUAUGUCUUAUUAUCGUUGAUAUUAGUGUAAUCUUCCUGGAUGUUGGCUUGUUUUUGACUUUUAAUUCCUCUGAAUCAUUGUAUUUUUCAUCUAAACAGAAUGGAAAUUAAGGCCCCGUUUGGAUAAACAUUUUUAGUAGCAUUUAUACUACUUGCUAGCAUAAAUGCUACUGUCUUACCAAAUAGGUUUUU